AUGUUGGGCGCGGCCUCCUGCAGCGCCAGCAGCGGAGGGUUGCAGUGGCGCAGCAUGGGGUCGCUGCGCUUCAUGGCGCGGUCCACGGCGCGCGACAGGAUGCGAGGGUCCACCUACCCACGCAUUUCAAUUCAAAAAAAUCGUGUAAUGCUAGCACGAACUCUCAUUUCGCUGCAUGCGGGAGGAAUGGGUUACUUCAUGCUGGAAUACAUAAGGAAUCUGACCCUCUCCAACACCAUCACGAUAAACAACAAUGCGUUGAGGUGUCUCAGAAUGAAUGUUACACACUUCUACAACAUGUACAUAGGAAAUAAUAAAUUUGACCAAUUUUCUCUUCAAAAGUAUAAAGUAUAAUGCACCGGAGGCACCAAAUGUACCAUAAACCAACUGAAGAAAAAUGCACAAAUUCUGCAUAAUCGUGAUGACUACUGUUUAAUAGCCUUCGAUGGCUAACUUCAUGACAGUUUACUUGAGAUUAGUUGAUUGGAAUAAAUUCAAUGUGUACAUUAAUAUGACAUUGUUUAUGUGUACUUGUAUACAUCAUGUUUGUUACUAAACAAUUAAUUCUUAUUUAGAAGAUUAUAUAAACGGCUGAAAAAUUGUUACAAAUACAUACUGUAAUUCAUCUUGAAAAUCAACA